AUCCUCCAGUCUAGAACGGCCGGGCACGAGACACGUUUCCUCCGAUCCGAUUGCACGCGGCACGCGGCAAGUGAGGAUUCCGUUGCGCAAGCUCGCCGACGAAGCGGCGCGGAUCAUCUGGGGUGACCGGCCGUCAGACCCGUGACAGCCAACAGUAGCGACGAAACAUUCAUAAGUAGUGCGUUUGCAGCCGGUUUCGGCCAGUUUCAGCGGCAAAAGCAGCCGGUGUGAUUACUGUGAUUCAGGAUUCGCGAUGUCACGUGCGAAUCGAGACGUCAGGUAGAACUGGAUAGUAAAGCUCCUUCUCUCACCAUUGCCGGGAUAACCCGAUAAUCUCGGUACUACUUGCAACUCCGUUUGAUCUGUCGAGAGAUCUCUCUCUCUCUCUCUCUCCUGCGCUCUUUCUUCGCUCGAAAGGCUAAAGGAUUGACUGAUCACGCUUCUUAUUUAUACGUUCUAAAGCAUCAUCUUUUCGUUUAUCGUCGCUGCUUCAUCUCAUUGCAGUCGUUGCGCUCAAGACACUGGAUUUUCAAGUUUUGACCCAGGAUUUAAAACUGCAAAAUGUCCGUCGACGCAUAUAACACAGUCACGCACUGCAUCUUCGAUAUGGACGGUUUAUUGCUUGAUACAGAAUAUCUGUACACCAAGGCUUUCAACCGUAUCACCAAUCGUUAUGGCAAGGAGUUCACGUGGGAGCACAAGGCGCAAAUAAUGGGUUUCAAGAGCAAGGACGUUGCCGGAUACAUAGUUAAAAUGUUGGAAUUACCAUUAACAUCGGACGAAUUCAGGCAAGAGAUUACUGGAAUCUAUCAGGAGUUGUUUCCGCAUACCAAUCCCAUGCCAGGCGCCGUUCGGUUACUGAUGCACCUGAAAGAGAACAACAUUCCGAUUGCGUUAGCCACGGGCUCGGAUCGAGAGAACUACGAGUUGAAAACGAGGCAUUGGCACGAUCUUUUUGAGCUCUUUCAUCACAGAGUGCUCGGUGGCUCGGAUCCCGAAAUCGCGCGCGGAAAACCGGAACCUGACAUAUUUCUCGUAGCUGCCAAGCGUUUCCCCGACAAUCCGGAUCCUUCGAAGUGCCUGGUCUUCGAGGAUGCGCCGAACGGCGUGAAAGCAGCACUUAACGCUGGCAUGCAGGUCGUUAUGGUGCCGGACCCGAUGCUUCCCAAACGUUAUACGAGCGAAGCGACCCUGGUCUUGGACAGCCUCGAGAAGUUUCAACCAGAGAAGUUCGGAUUACCGCCAUAUGUGACGUAGUACAUCCUUCUGUUGGUUUAUCACGUGUGACACGGAUUUCGUGGACGAAAUCAUCUUACUUUAAAAAUAACUUAAUUCGUAAAAUUUCCUUAAUCGCAAUCUUUUGUGUUUCAUUUGUAUCUUAUUCCUUAGCUGAUUGGCAUGUUUCUCAUU